AUUGCGUCACGCAUCUUCUCAUUGAGUUGUGCAUUCCGAUCAAAUGGACGUGCGGUGAGGUUGAACUGAGGACAUAACGAGCUGAAGCGACAACAUCUCGCCGUAUGACCUUUUGCGGCAAAGAAACGAACGUGACAAGGCAGCCAUGAGAAGUCUCCGUCGAGCGCAUCAAACACUGCUGGGCCUGAAUUUCUUUUUCAAAUGUCACGGGAGCCCACAAGUUGCAACGCGUGCACGAGAUGCGCUCGGAUUGCUGAGCCUUCAGUUCAUGCUCGAUGACGAUGAUGAUGAUUUUUUUUUCGUUUGUUGGUCGAUGGUCUCUUUUAUCCCUCCCUCGUCCAUAUUGUCAUUGUCCGUGACUCCUCCGUGCCAUCGACCCGUCCCAGGGCGUGCGCCAUCAAUCGCCCCCUCCUCUUGCACCGUCGGCAGAAAAACUGAGCAUCGGCUCCCCAAGAAAGAUCACGCGACGGGCAACCUUCUGUGCAACUCUGAUGGGACUCCACAAUCUGCGAGCACCUUACCCCGAAGCCGCGCCGCCACCGCCGGGACGGACGGCGACCCCCCGCAGAGCCUGCGAACGCAGCGCUCCCAAGCGGAGAGAAAGAAGGAAGCCUUCCUGGAUCACCUGAGACAGAAGUAUCCGCACCAUGCCGCCAUCGUCCUGGGACAGCAAGAACCCACCAAAGACCCGUUGGGGAGCCCUCGACCUCCUGACAGCACCCUCUGUGAAGGUGCGGUGGCGGCAGGCAAAAUGUCUGACGGAGAGUUGCUGCUGACGGUUCCUUUCGCGAGGGGCAGUAAGGCCCGAUCAAGUCUACCAAUUGGACGGUCCAGCAGUCAGGCAGGAGAGUCCGUCGGUGUGCUCUACCUUCAGUAUGGAGACCAGACAAAGCAGAUUGGCAUGCCUGCGGAGAUCAGCAGCGAAGAGACCCUGCGGGCUCUCUUUGUCGCCGCUUUUCCACAGCAACUCACCAUGAAGAAGCUUCAGUCUCCCAACAUGGCCAUUUACAUCAAAGACACACGUCGCAACGUUUACUUUGACCUGGAGGACAUCAGAAAUAUUACAAGCCACUCCUGCCUGAAAGUUUAUCACAAAGAUCCAUCACAUGUGUUCAACCACCCCACUGGGGCGACCAACACAGAAGGAAGGAUCUCCAAAGAAGUCCUCUACGGUAGCCACAGUCCAGUCCACAGACUGUCGUCGUCCAGUCGCGGCCCCCUCCACGGCUUGCAAGGCUCCAUGUCACCACCCACAGUGCGCUCCAUGCCCUCCUCUCCAUCCAGGGUGGCCUACGGCGGGCGGCGCGCGCAAGGUUCAGUGGCACGGACGGAUGCGGGCAACGCCGCGCUGCCCCGAGACCGGCUAACGUGCGCAGGACGUUCCAGCAGUUUGUGCACCAGCAGUAGCGCCAUACUAGAGAGGAGAGAUGUCAAGCCUGAUGAAGACGGUGGCAGCUGCCAGAGCGUGGCCCUGGUGGUCCACGGGGAGGGAGGAGCGCGCCACCCGGACCUCUACCGCUGCGCCUCACCGCAGGACGGAGGGAGGGGCGCCUUUGCCUCUUCCCGGUGUAGCGGUUCCCUGUCCCGUGCCGCCGAGAUGGGAGACGGUGGAGUGGGCGGGAUUCCCGGGGGCUUGCCGCAGUACCGUGCCUCCAUCAAGCCUCUGAUGGGCUACGGGGACAUCAUGGAGCGCCAUGCGCAAUCCCCGCACAGGUUAUAUGAAGUUGGAAUGAAUGAGGGACAGAUCAUCGGUGGCGUGGGCCUGAUCUCACCUGAGCGGAUGUCCCCGAUUCGGCGAUCCUUGCGGCGGGAAAGUAGUGGAGCGAGUGUGGAGAUGGUCAACAGAAGCAGGGGGAGCGCUUCGUCAUCUUCCACUUCGUCUGUGUUUUUGGACAGCCCCCUGAGACACCCAGAAAUGCUGAUUCCGGGUCCCAGGACUGCCUUUGAUGCUCAGAGUGAGAGAUUGAAAGCCAUGGAGGAGCAAAUCGCCAGUCUAGCAGGGCUGGUCCACCACGCCUUGUCUGUGGGAGGAAAUAUUCCAAGAGACAAAGACCUGAUCAGUGGCAGCGCUGGAAAAAGUCACCAAGUUCUGCCGGAGGUGCCAAGUGCUGCGGACGAGGUGAUCAGGUCUGCCUCCAGAGCUCUUCAGGCCACGACCGCUGAAAGUGGCCUGCAGCGGCGCUUGGUCCAAGUUAAAAGCAGUGUGUCUGAACUGCGGCAGCAAUUAAAUCAACUCAGACAUUUACAGACGGCACACCAGCAAACCAUGAAGUCCAUGUUGCGCAUGGCUGGUCAGGAGCUGCUGCUGUUGCUGAACGAUCGCCCGGUUCCGUCUGAGGAGGGGCCACGCGGACGAAGAGCCGAGAUAGACGAGGAGAGGAUUGACUACCUGGCUGCAGAAGAGAAAAUACUCAGACAGCUCAGUGAACUGGAGGCCUACGUGAGCCGUUUACAAGGCACCCCCGUGUCUCUCCCAGGCCAGUUGCGGAUCACGCUGAGUGAUGUGGAAGAGGGAGCGGUGAACCUGCGCAGAGUUGGAGAGACUCUGGCCAUCCUUAAAGGGGACUUUCCAGAACUGCAGGUAAAGAUGCGCUACGUGCUCAGGCUGGAGAUGGAUGCAGUUCGCUUUCUGAAGGAAGAGCCUCAUAAAAUGGACUGCAUGUUAAAAAGAGUCAAAGCCCUCACCGAAGCGCUCGGCUCCCUGCGCAGAUGCGUCUCCGAAUCGAGUUCCCCGACCAAAGGCACCCAGGUGGAAUCUCCCAAAGUCUCCGAAGCGGACCGAGGUCCCCCGUUGACCCGGAAUCCUCGGUCCUCGCCGCAACCGCAGCCUCGAUCCUCAGUAGGAGGCCCUCAGUCCAUUCCGUCGUCUGCUUUCGCUCAGCCCGAGCUCAGCGACGCAGCCUCGGCUUCGCCAGCCGCAGCGCGGAGAGUUAAGACGACUCAAGCCGCCGUGAUCCAGGCCCACCGGCGCAGAUCGAGCGCGCCAGAAGGAACUCGGGGGACUCACGCGGCAAGCCAAGUGCAAAGCUCUGGGAAACCCACGGCCAAGCCUCUUGAGAAUACCCAAGGAGAAUCUCCAGAAGGACGUCGGAGUCCAGACGCCAGCAGUGUAAGCCAGCCGAGCAGCCGUCGAGCAAAGCGCUCCUCGAACGCCGGCCAACAUUUCCGCCGGGUCCCGCAGGAAGCCCGGGCCGAUCCGACGGACUCUGUUCCUCAUCUGGAUGGGUCGGAUCCCAACGCGGCUCACUCGGAUUUGGCUUCCGGAGACAUCCGUCCCCGUCCUCGCAAGCCAGACACGGAGCCGCCUCCGGACCCGCUGCCAGCACGACCGGAACUGCCGCCAUCCACUUCUCCAUCGGCCAAGCGUCCACCGAUGGAAAAACCUCGACGCGCCAGUGUGGAAAAGAAACAGAGUCCCGAUCGGAGUGGCCAGUCCCCUCCGGCGCGCCCGAGGAGGUGCCACGCGGCGACCGUCGGCCUCACCGCCGCUGCCAGGACUGGAGAGCCGGUCUCCACCAGCAGCAAGGAAUCUGGUGCGCAACAGGUGGGUGGACGCCGGGCUUGUUUCUCUGGUGAGAAAGAGGCGUGUGGUAUUCCUCAAGCCAAACCCCCGAGACAACCGCCUGAGGUCAAAGCCAAAGCAAAAGCUUCGGGCACCACUCCAGCAACUGCCUCCGAAAAUGCGGACGAGGAGAAAGAAGACAAUGACACCUUUCCGAAAGAACCGCCGACUUCCGGCGCUUGUACGCGGCGAACUCACACCGGGUUCCGUCACUCUUUCGGCUCACCUGAAAAGACCGCCAAAGGGCAGCAAGAGGCUUCCCCCGAACGACCGCGCCAGGCUGACAAGAGCGGCACAAAAGCAGCCGGGGAGAGUACGCGUUCAGUCGUUGCUUUGCGCCCCUCUCAGACGCAGGCCGCCUUGUGCCAUCUUAAGUUGGGGCGACAGCCUCGCUCUUGCGCCUCUUUUUCCACUCCUCGCUGCUCAGACGGCCUCCAGAGCGUCUCCCCCUCACUUCUUUGGUCUUCUCCUUCCAAAAGCUCCGCGAACGCCUCCGCUUUGUCCGUUCCGUCCUGCACUGGAGAAUCCAGGCAGGCGCGCCCCCGCCCUCCCCCUUCCUCCCGCUCCUCGGGGCGGAAAAACUCGGCCGGCUCCCCGCAUUGUUCCUCCUGGUUGCCCCGCGCUCUGCCUCCUCACAAGUCUCUCAUCCCUUCUCUGAAUCUGAGUCGUCUGCUCCCCUCGUCUAGCAAAGUCUGGUCAGCGUCCCUCGCUAGCGGCGACCCGGCGGCGAACCCGAGCCUCGUCCGAAGAGGCUCGGGCAGCGGGGGCGUCCCGCUCGCCGGCGCCGCCGCGGCUCAGCUCACUUGUUCCUCCUCGUCGUCAUCGUCGUCCUCUUCCGCCACCUCCCUUUCGCCCGCCUCCUCGUCAUCGUCUCCGCUCUCUCCGUCCUCGUCCUUCCACCACCCGAGCUCCGGGCCCCGCCCCGCCGCUCCCGCUCGGCGCAAGAAAUGCAGCCGCACCCAACGCGCGGUGGCGCCGGCCCCAAAGGACACGGGGUGACGGUUGGCUGGGGAACCGUGACGCUCUUCUCCUCGGCGCCGGGAGAGCUCCGGAUCUUCCUUUUCAGCAACUUGUCCCUGCUUCUCACGCAAGUCGGAUAGGUCGCAGCCACCUUUUGUUUUUGCUUCCGCUCCGACACUCGACAAUCAUUUGAGCAGGUUACAAGUUGGUCUUGUCUCCUAGUUGUUCUGUCAUCGGCGGCGGAGCGAGUACUGCUCCAGUCCCAGAUCUGUUCUUGCUGUUCCCUUUGUAUACUUGGCGUGUGGCUGGUGUCGACCUGCCUCGGUCUCCUUUUUGGGUUUUUUUGUUUUUUUGGGGGGGUGGGGGGAGUACUCUCGAAUAUCUAAUCUCCUAUAUAUUAGCUGUUGUUGUGUUCACGAAGUUGUCGGCUUGUAUGUUACCGAGUUGAUGUGACUUGAACCUGUUUUGAGUAAUGUCAAACCCACCGCGCUGAAAGGACGAAACGUAACUUGGGGGACUCGCUGAUUAUCGGAAGGAAGUGGGCGGCAGAUGAAAAUGUGCAUGCAAACUUAGAAUCGGCACGGUAACCAUUUUAAGAUUUCUGUGAUGAGUUUUAUUUUUAUUUUUUUAAUUGAACCAUUGAAUAAAAUGGCUUUUGGAUGUUACU